AUGGUUAAUCCAACGGGUGUCAGGCGCGGUACGCGCUACAUGUUCUCUCGAGGGUUCAAGAAUCACGGUACGUUUUACUGCGAGUACCACUCGUCCACUUGUUUGUUCGAGGUUCUGGUCACAGUCUUUCAAAAGCUGGAUAGUGUUAUCCACUGGAUAAACCAUUAUCUGGUAGAUAACUUUUAGGGAGACCAAUUGCAAUGUCCAGUGGAUAGAGAUUUAUCCACCUUUGAACAACUGUGUGCCUCUGAUUUCCCUCAUCCUGGAGCUCAGUCAACCUUUUUCUUUUAUGUGAAAACUUUUGUCAAUUACGCUAUUAUAAUAUCUUUCGGAGAAUGUUAUGUGAAUGCUAAAUUGCACUGUUGUUUCGUUUUGCUGGAAUGGAUACAGAGUACCCAUAACGUGAUACACCUGAUUGGUAAAACGUUGUCGCUUUAAAAAUAUACGUAAACCAUGAACGAUGGGAGGUAAUGGAUUUAUGGGUAGAACUUUGUUAGUAUUGCAGAUUUAAAGUUUUUUUCAGAAAUGUUUACAUUAUCGAAGCUUUUUGUGUCGACACAUUCCAGAAAACGUCAAACUGUUUCCAGUUUUCAUGACGAUAACUUGCUCAGAACUUCACCUGUGCUUGACACAUAAGAGAUGUUUACAGUUAAAUAGCGUAGUUAUAUCGCUAACGCACACUUGACAAUCAUAAGAUAGGACCUUAAAUAAGUGGUGUAGCGAUUAUGACUGUUCGGUUCGAUUCACGAUUCUUUGCUUCCAAGUUUUGAUUUUGGUUCGAUUUUUGCACACCUUUUCCAGGGUGCCCUUAGUGAGUUAUUUUAUUGUAAAAUCGGAAUCCAGAACGCUUUAAAUUGUGUGUUUAAUAUUGAUCAGCAAAGACGAUAGCAUUUCGUGGGCCAUUUUGUGUUGCCUGGUAAAAAUGCUGUCCUUCAACCACCCCUUGAGAAUUUCCAAAUAAGGCAAACUAUGUGCGACACGCUCUUUGUCAGGUUCUCAAACAUGGCGACAAACCAAGCAACUGUGAAUCAUCCUUUCCCUGCUACUAUUCUCAAAUUCAGGGUUUAGGGUUACAUGUUGUUUACAUUACACGUUAUGUUAUAAGAAUUAACCCAUUCGCCCCUGAAUGGCCCGUAACCGCCUGUGCGGAUCCACGUCCUUUCUACCCUUUGUGACGUCAUCAGUUUUAACGGUCAAGGACAACUUUGUCCGCUAACUUGUGCAGAGUGAAGAGAUCUUUCAAACCAUACCAGAAUGAGCACAAUUCAGUCAAAAAACCAUGUAACAUUGACCUGAAAAUCUCCAUGAAAAUCUUGUUCCAUUGCCCACCUACCUUUCCUUUCACCUAAUCCUAAGAUCCUAAAAGCUUUCCUAAAAACUAUUCCCACCAAAAUGAAGCCUACUCUUGCCCAGCAAGAGAAAAAAAAAACUGAGGCAAGAAAAGCGAAAAAAGAGGGGAGGAGAGAAAGCGAAAAGUAAAAGUCAAGACUGCUGUGUCACUUUUAAACCCAAAAACUAUGUCGAAAUUUUGCUUUCUGCGCAUGCCCGAACUUCACAAGUUGAUAUUUUGCAUCUGGAUCAGAAGGCCAUGAAGUGUACGACCUGUAAACCGGUUUGUGGUAACUUUUAGCCCUUUAUUGCACGACAGUGACCAGAAAACCGCUCGACUAGCUUUAAAACGCGUUUUUUGGCAAAAUCUCCAGGAGCGAAUGGGUUAAGAAACAUUUACAUGAUCGAAUCAAAAUGAUCGAAAUCGAAAGGCAAUAAUCAAAAUCGAAUUGAACCGCAAGGAAUAUGAAUCAUUACACCCCUACCUAAAAUCUUUCUUGGAAGACAAAAAACGACAACAGCAUACCUUAAACAAAGUACUCUAGGGAUUUGCAUCUGCACAGGCAUCUCAUGAUAAUGUAAACGUUUGUCGAAAUAACUUUGAAUUUGCUUUGCUAAUAAACGUAUACCCAUAAAUCCUUGAAGCCUCAUCAUUCAUGAUUUAUACGUUUUAGCCACCACAUUUUUUCAAUCAGGUAUAUACCAGCUCGUUUUCUCCCACAUCUCCAAGAUGGACAUCUGGUGUUGCUCCCUGCCAGUUUUUGGUCAUUUUACUGUAACUAUACAGACAAUGGACACUUAUGAAACCGUCCAUGGACAAUUGAGAAGUGCUUUGUGAAGUGAAAAAUACCUCAAAAUAGAAAUUUAGGUGCUCUGUAAAAUACACAAGAAUACCAAAGCUCAUUGAUAAAUGAAAGGAAGUGAAGUAAUGGCAGAUUUUUUCUUUGCUUUAGGUACAAUCCAUCUCUCAACUUAUCUAAAAACCUAUAAAGUUGGUGAUAUUGUGGAUAUCAAGGUAGGACUCUUUAUUUUGCAUGUUUCAAUAUUAACACAACAACCUUAAAAGAAGCAGUCUGUGUCUAAAAUCAUUUGGCACUACAUUUGCCGUUUGCGUGUCUCCUUCUGGUGGAUGCUGAAACAGUCAGAGGACUUAAUCUUUUCCAUAUUGUUCUGCCUCUUUGUUGUUUACUGUGAAAAACAAAAUAAUGUCUUAAAAUGUUUUGUUGACAUUUAUCUUUUUAAUUGGCUCAAAAUGACCAUACAUGCACUGUAUUUGAGUGUCAAUGUAUUAAGCACAAAAGAACCAAUUGAGAACGCUACUUUUGUACGUCUCCUACUGGGUACAAAACUACCAUUUUAUGUAUAGUGUAGUCAUCUGAACCACCCAAUGAUCUAGCUGUUUGCAGGGCAAGGGAAGUUAAGCUUUAUUUCUCAGUUAAUAUCAUAGGUGACGAAUUACUCCUUAAUUUUGGCGCGAAAUUUCAGCGUUAAUUUGUAAUUUCACAUAUGAAAUUACAAAAUUGCCAUGGCAACCUUCCGUACGUCUCAGUGUCAAGAUGGCAACGAAGUUUUAAAAUGUCAUGAAUGAAGAUGUCAGGGCAAAAAAGACGCUUUAGAAAACCUGAACACACAAAAGAGCACAUCAAGAAGGAUUCUAACAGGUAUUUUGUCGAAAAACUCUGAACUCAAGUCAAAUUUAAACUCUAAACGUUCGAGAGAGUGCAGGAGUUCUCGAUCGAUACGAUCCAGGAUAAACAUGUCAAAAAUCCAAGAUUGCUAACGUAAUUCGUCACCCAUGAUAUUAGUAGGUAAUCAAAUGGUAUACUAGUGAAAUUAGGGAAUAAUUUCACUUGCGUUUUGUCCAAAUCCUAAUAAUUUCCCUUGCCUUCAGGCUCGGGAAAUUAUUAGGAUUUGGACAAAACGCGCGUCAAAUUAUUCCCUAAUUUCACUCGUCACCAUUUGAUUACACAUACUAAUUUUAUGACCCUGAGUAUUGGUCUGGGCCUGGCCUUUGAGUACAUCUUGAACUUGAGUUUAUUAAUUUUUUCUCAUUGUUAAGGUAAAUGGCGCCAUCCACAAAGGAAUGCCGCACAAGGUGUACCAUGGUAAAACUGGCCGUAUUUUCAAUGUCACCAAGCGUGCUUGUGGAGUUGUUGUCAACAAACAAGUCAAGUAUGAGAGUUUUUUUUUCGCCAUGCUCACCUAGUGAUGCUACUUCAGUGAUUCAAAAAAAUUAAAUUCUCUCUUGUUACUCUUAAAUACAUCAAAUAUGGAAUUUUGCCUGUUGAUGACCAUGACUAUUAUUUUGUGCUCUCACAAAGGAUACCAACGCCUGUCGCUUCCUUUGACUCUAGAAUAUCAAGUGUUAUUGUAUUGUUUCCAUGAUACAAAGGUAAUUUAACGUAAGCAAAUCGAUAAUUGGAAACUUUCAUGCUAUUCUCUGUUUAAUUCGGAAAUGUAAUCCCUUAACUUGAAAAUGAUUUUGACUUUAUAACACAUUUUUCUGAUUUAAGCCAGUGGAAUGUACAGAAUAUUAGGAAAACAAACAGGACAUCGAACGGUUUCAAAUUGCGCUGAAAGUUGUUUUUAACAGUAUGCAUAUCGCCUAUCCUUUCGCCUAAGGUACUUUCCAUCAAACUGAAAUAUCUUGGCUUUCUUACCACUUUUUGAUUUGCUUUGUUUCAUUUUACAUUUUAUAUCAUUUUUGCGAAAGCUGAAUUCUUUCAUGUGAGGAACUUCGAGGAAACGUUGUGUUUACAACCACGGCAAUAUGCAUCUAUUCGCUUCACUUACACUAAGAUGCAAAUUACCCUUCAUUCGACAGAUUUCGGUGGAGACAAAAAUGUUGCCUUUGAUUUCCCAGAUGCUUGCCUUUUUGGGCACCCUAUUUAUUUUGACUAUCAAGAUUUUUAAAGCUUCGCUUCAGACUUUUCUUUCCAACAUUUUAAUGUGGGAAAGUUGUGAGAAAUGCUGUAACUAAAUAGGGUCAUGCAACCUGCUUUAAGACCACAUAACUUGAUCUUUCUGGUAUCGUUUGUUGUUCUGUUCCCUCCAAAACAAUCAAGAUGUUUCACUAAUUUCCACCUACAAAUAAUACACGUAGGAGACAUUUGAUUAACAGGAAAAUUUGCAUUUUCUAGCGACACAUUUCAGUAGGCAGGAUUUUGUAAUGUAAUACCUAAAAAAGUAAUGACCAAUAAGAUAAACUUGUUUUUCUGCUUUGUAUCAGUUAAGGUGGCUUGACUGGAUUUUUUAGGGAGUAUACCUCCCUACUUUGAGUGUUUACUAAGUUGGCAUUAACUAAGAUAUCAGAAAAAGGUUACCACAGCUGCACUGUAUAAAGAUAAAAAUUUGUUAUGAUGUAUGUUUUAUUGACAUGAGAGUUGCCAUGGUAACACAAUGACGCCAUUACGUUUUUUACUUACCUUUGUAUUUCUCGGUACUAGGAUUUUGUUUUCAGAAAGGGAGCUUUUGUUUUUCAGAAAGGGAGCUUGUACCUCCCUUAGUUACCUUGGUUAUGGCAAAGUUUGAACAAAAAAAAUCCAGUUGAGCCACCUUAAAUGGUUUGAAACUUACUCACUGAUUUUUUUUCUGGGACAUAUUUACAGAAAUUUCCUUGGGGGUGGGGGGUGGGGGGUUUACUUCCUAGUUAUAAGCCAAUGAGGAUGUGCUGCUGGUUGGAGUCACAUUUUCUUGACUAGAUUAACUAUUAUGAUUGCAUUUUCAAUAGAAACAGAAACUGACCCUGAGGGUGAGAGGAAUAAUUGUUAAAUAGUCUAUUCUGUGGCUAAUUUAUACCCUACUUUUCAUGAUCCCAACUUACAGUAGUCAGUUUCUGUUUCUAUUGAAAAUGCAACAUCAUGAUAGGUAAUCUAGUCAAGAAAAUUUAGUAAAAUCUAAGUAGUUUGUCAAAAAUAUUGAGACAAAACAACUAGACUUUAGUCCUUUUUUGCUGCCAAAAAGCGGGUACUUUUCGCUACUUGUGGGCUAUAACAUAUAGCCUAGUAGUAGCUCAACCAAUCAGAAUGCAGCAUUGAUAAUAGACCACUAGUUAGAUUUUACUAAAAUGGGAUAUGGGUUCUUAAAGGCCAGCAAAAAUUAACCCAAGUACCCCCUCCACACACACUUUAUGAAAUUUUGUUGAGUGCUACAAUGUAUUUAAAUAGUCAACAACAACGAGGAUAACAGAAAGAAACAAAAAAGAAAACAAAGGAUACAGUCAACUCCCUUUAUAGGGGACACUAUGGGGACCUCGAGUUAGUGUCCUCAUUAGCGAGUGUCCGUAAUAGCAGGAGUUGAUUUCAGUCAAACAUCUGUAAUUUCUGUUUGCUGGGGAUUUAGCUGCUGUCCGUAUUAUUGGGGUGUCCAUUAUAGCGGGGUGUCCGCAAGGCGAGAGUUGACUGUAAUUUGUUUUUAAUACGAAUGGCAAGAAAAUAAUGUUGGGUAAAGAUAAACUAUUUGUUUAGUACUAGCUCCCUGUUGAAAGCUGCCACAUGUAAUUAAUGAUGUUAUGUUUUUAUUUCUGCAGGGGAAAAAUAUUGGCAAAGAGUAUAAAUGUACGAGUCGAGCACAUCAAGCACUCAAAGUGCAGAGAUGACUUCUUGAGGUCUGAAAAUGAUCUUUUUUUUCUUUAGUUUUAGAAAUGCAGGGGUUUCAAUAUUUAAUUUGAAGUAGGGACCUGGUUUGAGUAGAGUAACCUACUAUCAACAGGGUUUGAUUAAAUUUUUAGACUAUAAUUUACCUUAAGUCAGUGGGAAAGGGUGGUGACAAGUUUCCCUGAGAAAUGAAGCUGAUACUUUGUCAUCACAUUAUAAGCACAAUGUAGAUUUGAUUGCAUUACAUUCAUUUUGCAGCAUUUGGUUUUCUUUUCUGACAGCAAUAUUAAUUUAAUUAUGCUACCUGAUGUACCCAUUAGUUAUCGAGAGAAUGAAUGCCCCGAGGAAAUAAAGGGUAAAAUUUGUUCUUGCUUUUGUUUCCUAUUAUUCAUAGGAGACAAAAGAGAUUAACAGGUUUUACUGACACCAUAGUUACAGUAUUCACCUUAAACAGUGUUGUUAAUACUGACAGUUGUGCUUUACAGGCGUGUCAAGGAAAAUGAACAGAAGAAGAAGGCAGCCAAGGAAAAGGGUGUACUCAAGGUUGACUGCAAGAGAAAGGUGUGAUUCCUCUCCUCAGCAGUUUGUUUGACCCUCUAUUUUUUUUCUGAUCUUCCCUCUGACCAUCACACGAAUCUUAGACAUGUUACAAGUUCAGUGAAAAAUGUCAACUGCUGCGACUUGCCUGUCCUUUUUAAAUACUACCGGCAUCACUUAACUGUUAGUAACAGAAAAACAAUUGUUUGCAUUUGAGUCAAGGCUGUGCUGUAGCAGAGCCUUGUGGUCCCUGGCAGCCAACUUUUGCUCUCAUAUGACUGGAAAAUUUUACCUUUCUUCAUACAAAUUAUAUGCUGGGCACCUAGACUUCACAGGUUCAGUUUCCCUUCAAUUUUCCCUAUUGCACAGCCUUGUGAGUUGUUGUAUAGCUCACAUGACCAUUCUGAGGGCUCAGUUGGUAGUGUGACUUUCUGUUUGUAGCUGAAAUGGCUAUGAAUGCUUUUGGAAGAACUUUUUGUUGUGGCAAAUCAGUUGGAAAAUAUGCAAGGUCACUGAAUGAUAUUUUGAUCAGAGGUGGAAGUCUACAAAUGACUCCCAGACAUCUACAAAAGAUUAGGUUUUCUAGUCUUUUCGGAUAAGGGGGAUAAAUCGUAUGCCCCAUCUCUUUAUCCUUGCACAUAAAUUAAAAAACCCACACAUUGUUUGUGAUGAUUAGGGGAUGCAGUCCUCAGUGUGGUGGUCUAUCUCAAAUUCACAUUCACAUUAGGGAGCAUCAUCAGUCAUUUCUUCAUUACUUUUAAACUGCGGCUUAAACAGUCUGGCAAAGGUCCCCCAACCAGUGUUUGACAAUUGUUAUCCCUGAAAAGCCUUUAGGGGAGAGGGCAAUAACAUAUUUACAAUUAAAAUGGUUACAAUGGAGUUAGGGGGUCUAAAGGGUUAUCUGGCUUGCUUCAAUGAGAAUUUCCCUACACCUGGUCAAGGCAGUAGAGUAGCCAACUGAAUUAAAGGGAUGUAACAUAAUAACUGAAGGGCUCCAUGCAAGUGUCCUCCAAAGAGAUAUGAAGGAGCAGAAUGCGGUUUUGCAUGAACCUAUUCAAUUUUUUUUUGUGACAAGGUAUACCUGUACCACUUCCUAAAUCUUCUAUGCUUCCAUUUUUGUUUCAGCCCACUCCUCCACGUCUUUCACACUUUGUUCGUACCAAGAGAAAUACUCCAGAAACACUGGAGCCAAUCCCAUAUGAGUUUGUUGUCUGA